GCGUGGCGGUAGCGUUGUUGUUACCAAAAAACGAAGAAGAAGAGAAGAGGAGCCGUUAUUUAUUUCGGCUGCUAAUCAACCGUCCCUCAAAUCCCGAAACCUUCGGAGGAUCUCCUUUGUAAUUGCGUUCUGAAGUUUUCUCUGAACUUCUUGAUUCAUCUCCAUCUUCUUUUAAAAUUCCACCACAUCGCAAACCUCUUCGAUUCUCUUCUGAGAACCCUAAUUUGUACUAUGUCAUCGCAAAUUAGGGUUUUAAGAAUCACGAACACCCGAAUUUGCUUAAAACCCCGAUCUUAUAACCACUGAUCUGCUUUGAUCAUGGCUUUCUCCUACGCUUGAUCCACUUCACAUUCGAUCGGUUCGCUUUGCUGUUGUUUUCAAUGUAAAUAGCUGACACACACACACACCCCCUCCCUGUAGUUAUAGUUAUACAUACACAUUCAGUUUCUUGUAUCAUUGUAGAGAGAGAGAGAGAGAGAGAGAGAGAGAGAGAGAAUAACAUGAAACAAUCGAAGAGGAAGAAGAAGAGAUCCCGGCCUCAAAAUCAUAACGGCGUAAUCAAGGGCGCCGUUCACGAUGAGGAGAGCGAAAAAAGCAGGGGUUUAAAGAGUCUGAUGGAGGCUUUUACCUCCGUUUCUAUAGAGGAAGCUGACUCGGCGUAUAUAGAGGCCAACGGGGACUUGAACAAGGCGGCGGAGAUCCUCGGGGGGCUGGAGGAAUGCUCGAGUUCCAGUGGGAGCGCGAGGUUGAGCUCAAGCUUGGGUUCGAGCUCGACAGAGGGUUUGCUGGAGGCCAGUUGCGGUCGGAAGGGACGGGAGGUUGGAGGGGGGAAGCAGAAGAAGGUUAUUGCUGCUACCGGGACGGUUUCUAACGUGUUGGGGAAGGAAUAUGUAAUGGCGAGCCCGAGGAAGGGCAAGUGCAGAAAUGAGGGGUUUGUUGAUGAGCCGUUGAGUAAGGGAGAUGCUGAGCAGUUUUUGUGCUCGAUGCUCGGUGACGACUGCGAUCUUAGCUUGGCCGUUGUUAGAGACGUCCUAGGUCAAUGUAGAUAUGAUGUUGAAAAGGCUAUGAAUGCCUUGCUUGAAUUAUCUGCUUCCUCCUAUGAGCAGUCCAAGAAUGAUCAAUCCUGUGAAGGCAUGGUAAACAACAAAGAAGAUACACAGUUCCUUUUUGAAUACAGUGAUGAUUUAACCGAGAGGGCAUCUGACUCAACAUCUCAUACAUCUGAAAGCGAGAUUCAGGAUAACGUGUGGCCUCAGGGCUUUCGUGGCAGGAAUUAUUUUGACGUUCUCACUUGCUCUCAAGCUCAUUCUCUGACUGGCCCCAGAAGUUCUAAGUCAGAACUUCCGCAGAAAGUGUUGGAAUCUUUAUUUAACAUGCCCAAGAGUGCUGAACAUGAGCCGAAUGCUAUGAACUGGAGAGAUGUAGUGAAAAAGAUGGAGUCCCUUGGACAGAGGAUUGAGUCUGACCUUGCUGAUGCUGCAGGAUCAGAGAAUAUUCAUGGUGAAGGAAAUGAAUAUCAGGUGUUUAGAAAAGCUGCCGGACAGCACUGGGAUUCGAUGAAGUCCUACUAUCAAAAGGCUGCAACAGCAUUUUCUAACGGGGAACGGGAACAUGCAGCUUACCUUUCUGAGCAGGGAAGGGUAUACAACAAAAUGGCUCGAGAGGCAGAUGAAAAAGCAAGUCAAGAGAUAUUCAAAGCUAGAAACAAGAGCAUAGAGAAUGUGAUAACUAUUGAUCUUCACGGGCAACAUGUCAAACAAGCAUUAAGGCUUUUAAAAGUUCACCUACUUUUUGGAGCAUAUGUUCGAUCUGUCCAGAUUUUCAGGGUUAUCACGGGAUGCGGUAGACACGGUGUGGGGAAGUCAAAGCUGAAGCAGUCGGUGCUUGAUCUGGUCAAAAGGGAAGGUAUUGAAUGGAGUGAAGAAAAUCGUGGAACGAUCCUAAUCAAGCUUGAUGGCCAGAGAGAAUUCUCUUUUCUAGAGUUAGAGAGCGAUAGCGACUAGCCCUCUGGUUGCUCAUUAGUUCAGGUAAAUAUGAUCUCUACUCUAUGGUUGGGUGGGGACCACUACAACCAGGAUCCAGAUGCAGUAACUUAUGUCCUUACUUCUGUUGUAACUAACUUAGAUGACUAGAUGGUUAUCUAGGCCAGGUUUAAGAGGUUUUUUUUUUUUUUGUACAAUUACAUCCUCCCUUUGUAGACACAGCACGUACAACAUACAAUUUCAUCUUCAUAGAGUAUUUGGCUCAAGCCUCGUUUGUACAAAUAUUUUGGUAUGUAUGUUAGAGAGUGAAAUUGUGUAACAUUAUGGACUAGUUGAUUGUAAUGAUAUAUUGAACUAUGAUUAUGCGAA